UCGCCUUCUGAUUUAUACACCGUUUGGGCGUUAUCGAGUAACGGUUAUCAGGACGAACAAAAGAUCACAAUGAUGAAUAGGUUUCAGCCUAAUUGGACUGGACAACAAAGUGUACCUACGAUCUUGAAGGAACUGAUAAUUCGGCGAAAUAUUGACAAUGGGCACUACUCAGUGAUCGAUCAAUUUUAUGGUGUAGUUUUAGAAGUUGUUUGGGUAACAAUCAGUGAAGUUAUACGGCAGACUGUUUUAAAGAUAAAUGGUGCUAGUCAGAAGGCAAGAAUCCCCGAACCGAAAUUUCGUGCCAACAGGAUAUUAGCAACAAGGUUGUAUCAGUGGUUUUUAGAUGUUACCUGAACAAACGGAAAUGAUUCUUUACCACCAACUGGAUUGUUUACCAAUGAAUGUCAGGAGAUCAUUUAUAUGAAGAGAGGAAAAGGGUAAAUAUAUGAAGACGAAAAAAUCAGUUCACAAACGGAAAACUCAAGACUGACCAGUUAACUGGGAACUUUCGUAUCUAGUCCUCAACAGAUCGAACUUUCCACCUCGACAGAUAAUAAUUUAUCAUUAGGCAGGAUUAUUCAAAGUGAAUAGAUCAACCUUGAGAUCUUUAUCGUCAGAAUUAACAAAAGCUCUCUAGCCUUCUG